CUCACUUUGCUAACUUGUCCUUCGUCGAUUCAGCGCUUGCUGGCGAGGGACUUACCGCACGAAGCAGGCGGUCUGAAGCGUCCUUUGUCGCCGCCCCCGAGUGCUGGUGCAAUCUCAGCUCACGCUGCGUCUUGCUCUUGCCGCCUGCGAGAGAAGAACUGCUGCCUGCUUGCCUGACGCAUUGCCGCCGGGACGCGCAGCGCACCGGCGAAGCGCCUGGACACGCAACACACUGGUGAAGCUUGCGAUGGGUGCUCUCAGCCGCGGCGCAACCGCGAGCCGCGCCUCGACCGCGAGCCGCGCCGCGCUCUGCGCCUUGCUGGCGGGGCGCUGCGCCGCUUUCACGUACUCUGCGCGCCCCCCGCGCUCGGUGACGUGCCGCUUCGUGCUCGAGCGCGCCCCCGACGCCGCCGGCGCGCCGCCGCGCCGCAAGGUCGUCCGCAAGAGCACGCAGACGACCUGGGACGAGCGCUACCGAGAGCUGUCGACCUACCGCAGCACCUGGGGCACGGCCGACGCGCCGCUCGGCGACUCAUUGGGCCGCUGGUGCCGGACGCAGCGGCAACAACACGCCGAGGGUAAGCUGAGCGACGAGCGCGUCGCGAAGCUCGACGCGCUUGAGUUCUCCUGGAAGAACCCCACCGAACUUUCAACAGACGAGCUCGAGGCGAUUUGGGACACGAACGUCGAGGGUUUGAGGGCCUACGUGCUCGAGCACGGCAACGGCCAGGUGCCGAAAAAAUACAAAUUGAAUCCGCGCCUGGGCGGCUGGGUCGCCGCGGUGCGGAGACGGGGCCCGGACGCGCUACCACUAGAACGACGGUCGGAUCUUGAAAACGCGGGCUUCGAGUGGAUUUCGACGCGGAAAUGCGGCUCGGCCUUCAUGAAAAAUUUUAGAGCGUUGCGCGAUUUACCAAAGGGCGAGGCGCCUUCAUCGGAGUUAAAAGCGUGGGCGGCGGCGCAGAAGAAGCUCGCCGCGAAGGGCGGCCUGUCGGCGGAGCGGCGCGACUACCUCGCGUCGGUGAUGGACCUGUGAGUUUUUGUAGAAUAAACAUACCUUGAAC